AUUAUUUUCUCCCAAUUUUCCCUCUCUCCCUCUCUCUUUGCAAGAAAAAGCCAUGGCGUUGAAAUCGUUCGUCGAGGUUUCAGCCGACUCCCAUUUCCCAUUGGAGAACCUCCCCUUUGGAGUUUUCCGACCGAAGCCUGCGGCCUCCACGGCCGCCGCCGAUCCUCUGCCGCCUCGGCCCGGCGUUGCGAUCGGAGAUUUCGUCCUCGAUCUCUCGGCCGUCGCUUCUGCUGGUCUCUUCGACGGUCCAAUCCUCAAGAACUCUCAAUGCUUCUUCCAGACUUCUCUUAACAUGUUCGUGGAGAUGGGACGUCCGGCGUGGAGGGAGGCACGAACCACCAUCCAGAAGCUUCUAUCAGCUGAUGAGCCAACUUUACGCGACAAUGAUAGUUUAAGGGACGAAGCCCUUCUUCCAAUGAUUGAAGUACAAAUGCUGCUACCUACUGUAAUUGGGGAUUACACUGAUUUCUUUUCUUGCUUGCACCACCACAAGAACUGUCUGACUAUUUUUGGGGAAAUGGAAAAUGGAAUUCCACCGAACUGGGAGAACUGGUUUCAUCUUCCUAUGGGUUAUCAUGGACGGGCAUCUACUGUAGUUAUUUCUGGAACAGAUAUUAUUCGUCCAAGAGGUCAAGGUCACCCCAGAGGAAACUCUCCACCAUAUUUCGGACCUACACAUAAGUUGGAUUUUGAGCUUGAGAUGGCUGCUAUAGUUGGUCCCGGAAAUGAAUUAGGCAAACCUGUGGAUAUUAAUCAAGCAGCUGACCAUAUUUUUGGACUUGUUCUGAUGAAUGACUGGAGCGCUAGAGACAUGAUAGCAUGGGAAUAUGUGCCACUUGGUCCUUUCCUGGGGAAGAGCUUUAGUACUACUGUCUCUCCUUGGAUUGUGACUCUCGAUGCUCUUGAACCUUUUGCUUGUGAUGCUCCGGAACAGUAUAUUAUGUUGAGCAGAUAUUGGACAAUAACGCAACAGCUAGCACAUCACACUGUCAAUGGAUGCAACUUAAGGCCUGGUGAUCUGCUGGGAACUGGGACUAUCAGUGGACCUGAUCCAGAAUCAUUUGGAUGCUUCACAGAGCUUUCGCGGAAUGGUCAAAAGCCACUUACCUUAACUAACGGUUCAGAACGUAAAUUCUUAGAAGAUGGUGAUGAAGUCAUUCUGACUGCAUGUUGCAAGGGUAAAGGCUACAAUGUAGGUUUUGGAACAUGUACCGGAAAAGUCCUACCGGCCACUCCGUAAGAUAAACAUGAUAGAAUUCUAGUUUCAUGUACCUUUCAGAGUUCGCGGUACUUGGAAGUUUGUUGUAUCAACAGACCAGAAAUAAAACGCACGUUAUGUUACUGCUUUUAGUCUAUUUGGAUGAGAGGUGAUUAGAACGGUGAUAUGAUAAUGAUGGUGUAAUAGGCUAGCCACUGUGGUUUGGAGUUGAUCUUUCCAAAGAGAGUAAAUUUGAGGUUUCAAA